AUUGAUGGCCUUCGACAUGCCGCCAAAGAUGCCACUUCGAAGGAAGCUUUCUCUAAACUGUCGAGCGAGUAGUAGUCUAUCAUUCUGCUUCGUCUUAGACCUGAGGGCUUGAGUAAAGAUGGCACUGGCAAGGACGGGCUGAUUGUAUAUUGAAAAGACUGAUCCGGAAAGGUAAUGAUACGAGGAUGGUAGCACCUUUUCAAAGUAUUUGAGACUCAUACUCAGCUAUAUCUGCUAUCCAGCUUAGCCAGAAGAGGACCCUUUGUCCUAAUGAACAACACCGAGGGCCUUGGUCGGAGCAGUUUGUUUGUUGCGAGAUUGUCGUGUGCUGCAAACGGACAACUACGACCAUUGUCCAUCACCUGUGCUAAUUUGCCUGACGCUUGCUUACAGCUCCAGAGCUCUAUAGAACACUUUGAUAUAGUAUGUUGGAUGGCUCCAUCCUACGCAAGAAGCACAUCAGCUUCAUUCGUCGCCUCUAUCGGCUCGAUCCAAAUUGUCUCGAAGCACUCAUCACACAAUAUAUCCGCAUCAAUGGCAUCUACUGGGCCCUGAUUGCUGCUCAUCUGCUUGGAAGGCCUAAUCUACUUCCCAGAGACGAAAUCAUUAAGGAGAUCUUGGCGUGUCGCCAGCCAGAUGGUGGCUUUGGGUCAGCGCCAGGUCAUGAUUCUCACGUUGUCUGCACACUACAUGCUGUUCAGAUAUUAGCCAUGCAAGGUGCUCUUCAUCUUGUCGAUGCUGAGCAUACAGGUGACUAUAUUUCAAAGCUACAACUUCCCUCUGGCGCGAUACAAGGGGAUGUAUGGGGUGAAGUUGACAUGCGCAUCAACUACGCAGCCACGCAAUGUCUUGUCCUCCUUGGCAAACUCGAUAAACUCAAUAGAGAAGCACUCGCUGCAUAUGUCCUUCAGUGUCGCAACUUUGAUGGUGGCUUUGGCAUGGUGCCCGGUGCGGAAUCUCAUGCCUCACACGCCUUCACCAGUCUUGGGACUUUAUCACUGCUUGGCAAGCUUGAGAGUAUUGAUCAGAACCGGACGGCUUGGUGGCUUUCUCUGAGACAGCUCAAGAAUGGUGGUCUCAAUGGACGCCCAGAGAAAUUGGAAGAUGUUUGUUACUCCUGGUGGGUUCUCUCCGCCCUCGCCAUGCUAGAUCGCGUCGACUGGAUUGACAAGCAGAAAUUACGCGCCUUCAUCUUAUCCACGCAAGAUGAGCAGAUUGGUGGUAUGAGUGAUCGGCCUGGUGACGUACCAGACAUCAAUCAUACUUGUUUUGGGUUGACGGGAUUGAGUCUAUUAGGCUAUGAUGGCCUAGAAGCCAUUGACCCACGCUUCUGCAUGCCAGUCUCGGUGAUUCGCCAAAUGGGCUUGUGAUGAAGGACUAGCGUGGAUCUGGUAGCAAUGGAGCAUCUUCAUCUUCGUCGGCAAAUGGAUUUUCGCCGUAGACGCAGUAGUGUUGCAGCAUCAACAACGUAUCAAAGAACAUGGAUAGGAGGCCGAGACCAAACUUGACGAUAUCGCCCGUGAUGGCGGACCAAUCUCCAGAGACAGCUGAAUCAAGGACGAGUU